AUGCAUAUUCUAAAUUCUUCUUUUUCUCAUUUUUCAGCUGAGCCAGUGGAUGUCCUCAAAGCAUUAGAAUUUCAUAAAUCUCCAGAAGGAAUAUCAAAAACAGCCGGCAUUUGCAUAAACAGAAAGAAUUCCAAAGGAUCAGAUGUUGCCUACAGAGUUACAAAAAAUGCACAACUCAGUGCCCCAACUAAACAAUUGUACCCAGGUGGAAAAUUUCCUGAAGACUUUUCAGUUCUACUUACAAUAAAACCUAAAAAAGGAGUCCAGUCCUUUCUUUUAUCUAUCUACAAUGAACACGGCAUUCAGCAGGUUGGCGUUGAGGUGGGCCGGUCACCUAUCUUCUUGUUUGAAGAUCAAAAUGGAAAGCCUGCCCCAGAAGAUUAUCCCAUCUUUGGUACAGUAAAUAUUGCUGAUGGAAAGUGGCAUCGGGUGGCCAUUAGUGUGGAGAAGAAAUCGGUUACCAUGAUUGUGGACUGUAAGAAGAAAACCACAAAACCACUUGAGAGAAGCAGCCCGGCGGUCGUUGACACCAAUGGCAUUACUGUCUUUGGAACACGAAUUUUGGAUGAAGAGGUGUUUGAGGGUGAUAUCCAGCAGAUGCUGAUUGUUGAUGAUCCCAGAGCAGCGUAUGAUUACUGUGAGCACUACAGCCCAGACUGUGAUUCUCCUGUGCCUAACGCUUCCCAAGCUCAAGAACCUCAAGUGGAGGAAUAUGGAACUGAAGAUUUAAUCGAAUAUGACUAUGACUAUGGGGAUCCAGAUUAUAAAGAUUAUAAAGACCUUGAAACUAUAACAGAUGGACCCCCACUAUACGACGAGACUGUAGCAUACACUGAGAAGAAGAAAAAAGCCCCAAAGAAGAAGAAGACAGGGAUCGCUAACUCAAAGAACAACCCCCAAAAGUUCAAAUUCAAAAAAUCUGAAACACUGUCAUCAAAGAAGAAGAAAAGCUCUCGAGCUGCAGCCAAAGGCAAAAUAGGGGCCAACGUUGUUGAUGAAUAUCAUGAAUAUAAUGUGGCUGACUAUGGAACUGAAGCUUACCAGACCGCAAUCCCUACUCAAACAACUGGACGAAAUGAGCAAACUCCUGUUGAAGAAGUAUUUACUGAAGAAUACGUAACGGGAGAGGAUUAUAAUUCAAAGACUAAAAAUAAUGAGGAAACAGAUUAUGGAAACAGAGGCGUAGACCACAGCGAAUCUGAAGUUCUGGUAGAUGGAGAUUUAGGCGAAUAUGAUUUUUAUGAAUAUAAAGAAUAUGAAGAGAAGCCAACCAAUCCUACUAAUGAGGAGUUUGGGCCUGGAGUUCCUGCAGAGACUGAUAUCACAGAAACAACCGUGAAUGGCCAUCAUGUAUAUGGAGAAAAAGGACAGAAAGGAGAAGCAGCUGUCAUUGAACCAGGAAUGCUUAUUGAAGGGCCUCCAGGACCUCCAGGACCGCCUGGUUUUACGGGCCCCUCUGGUAUGCAAGGCUCCACUGGUCCUCCUGGUGACCCCGGUGAUAGGGGUCCACCAGGACGUGCUGGUCUUCCAGGGGCUGAUGGCUUACCUGGACCCCCGGGUACCAUGUUAAUGUUACCAUUCCGCUUCAGUGGAGGUGGUGAGAAGGGCCCAGCAAUCUCACCUCAGGAAGCUCAAGCUCAAGCUAUUCUUCAGCAAGCCAGGAUUGCAAUGAGGGGGCCCCCUGGUCCAAUGGGACUUACUGGAAGAUCUGGUCCUGUGGGAAGUCCUGGUUCAUCCGGUAUCAAAGGUGACGGUGGAGAUCCAGGACCUCAGGGUCCUCGAGGUAUUCAAGGUCCACCUGGUCUGCCUGGAAAAUCUGGUAAAAGAGGUCGUCCUGGUGCAGAUGGAGCAAGAGGAAUACCAGGAGAAACAGGUUCUAAGGGUGACAGAGGUUUUGAUGGGCUUCCUGGCCUACCAGGUGAAAAAGGACACAGGGGAGAUCGUGGACCACAAGGGCCUCCUGGUGCUCCUGGGGAAGAUGGAAUGAGAGGAGAAGACGGUGAGGUUGGACCAAGAGGCCUUCCAGGUGAAUCUGGUCCACGAGGGUUAUUGGGUCCAAGAGGAACUCCAGGACUACCAGGACAACCUGGAAUCCCAGGCGUUGAUGGACCAUCAGGCCCAAAAGGAAACCUGGGUCCACAAGGCGAACCAGGACCACCUGGACAGCAAGGUAUCCCAGGUCCGCAGGGGCUCCCAGGUCCACAAGGUCCAAUUGGAGUUCCAGGUGAAAAAGGACCUCAGGGCAAACCUGGUCUGUCAGGACUUCCUGGUACUGAUGGCCCUCCGGGCCAUCCAGGCAAAGAAGGACAGUCUGGAGAGAAAGGUGACACGGGGCCUGCAGGUCCUCACGGUCCAGUUGGCUAUCCUGGUCCCCGUGGUGUAAAGGGUGCUGAUGGAAUCCGAGGUCUAAAAGGUGGCAAAGGUGAAAAGGGUGAAGAUGGCUUCCCUGGAUUUAAAGGUGAUAUGGGCCUUAAGGGCGAUAGAGGUGAAGUUGGUGCUCUUGGUCCUCGAGGAGAAGAUGGCCCUGAAGGUCCUAAAGGCCGUGCAGGUCCUACAGGAGACUCAGGUGGCCCUGGCCAAGCUGGAGAAAAGGGUAAACUUGGUGUUCCCGGUUUGCCAGGAUAUCCAGGAAGACAAGGCCCUAAGGUAAAUUUGCUACAGCAUUAGGGAUGUAUAUGUAAUUUAAGAUUUAAUAGUGCGUGCACAUUUGUUUAGGUAAAUGGAUGUGUAUGAGUUUGUUAUUUAGAAUUGAUCCAGUUGGAAUUAUAAAACACCUUUACUGCAAUCUAAACAUUACAUACUGUUCUUCUAAUGGAAGCAAGUCCUGUAAUUCUGUCUGUUUAACUUGAACUA